ACCAUCCAGCCUCACCAUCCAGCCUCACGCAUCCAGCCACGUGCUCCAAUGGACAAAGACCUCUCUGUAGAUGUGGGCAAAGCUUCCAACUCUUGCCCUGGAACAAGACGACCGGGCGAGUGGACGCCAGAAGAAGCCGUACAGGAGCGGAGAGGAGCUCCGAGGCGACUGAAUGAUCACAGAAAGACUGGAGUCAAGUGGUUGAAGGGAAAAGGCCUCCAGAUCCUCUUCAUCGUGAUGUUCCUCUUCAUAGCCAUCGAAGUGGGAUGGAUUCCUUUGCCUUCCUGGCUGUGGACUACACGCAUGGACCGCCUGGAGCAGGCUAUGACUGGAAAGAUGGACAACCUGAAGACUGCAGAGAUCACAAACAACAGAACCAUUCAGGAUCUGACUGGAAAGGUGGACUACCUUAAGGCCAAAAACAAGAAUACCAUUCAGGAUCUGAAGGCACGUAUGAAAACUCUUAAAGAUGACAAAUGGGAUCUAAAGGCACGUGUGGGCAAGCUGGAUGGCAUGUCAGACAAACGUAAGGUGUGGUUUGCAGCAACAGGGGGCGACAAAAAGACAAAUGACAGCAAGGUGAUCUUUCAAAACGUGCACACCAACGUGGGUAGCCACUAUGAUGCCACUACAGGCAUUUUCACAGCCCCCUACAAGGGCGCCUACUUCUUCACUGUGACCUACAGAUCAGAUGGUGUGGAUAUUGCUUUAUAUCUGUUUUGGGAGAACAAGUAUAAGAAGACAGAGAAUCUGAUGGACGUUCGUGUUAUCAACCAACCCAAAGGGAAUUACUACAUGGCCUCCAACAGCAAGAUGGUUGACCUGGAGGAUGGAGACAAGGUGUAUGUCUAUGCUAGUAGUUACCAUGUACUUACAUGUUGUGCUAACGUGUUCAGUGGCUUCCUGGUGUAUCCCAUGUAAAGUGGGGGCGGGCGCAUCCAUCCAUGAUAUCAGAUAUCAGGGCAGUAUCGCUAUGGGAUGGAUGCUUUGAUGUGUAUUCCAUGAUAUCGUGUGGCUAACGUUCCACGUGUGUUUAUGGGUAUUGAGGGCGUACAGUUGGCGUGUGGCUGAUGCCACCUACUGGUAACGCUUGUCAUAUUUACUCGUAUUCUGCUCUGUAUUGUUUUCCUAAAGGGACUGUUUGCCAACAUCCCGCCCUCUUCCUGUGCUGGCACGUAAGGCUAUUGCUAACAUGCUAGCUUCUAUUUGUUCCCUUGAAAUGUUGUCAUGAUUUGCCAACCAUGUGCCCUGCUAAUGGAUCAUUCUGGAUGUGAUGCCAACAUACUGGAUGCCAGCGGACGUGUCCUUUCUGUGUCAUCAAUAAAGUUGUGUUGAAGUUGGCCACACCCAUGGAUACAUGGUGGUGGUCUACGCCCAUGCUAAUGUCCUAUAGCGUAUUGAUGACAUGUUUCAUGAAUGAUCACAUGAAUAAAUCCUGUUAGGAAAACAAGUGCAUCUUUCAUGCUGAUGCUUUGGUUUAAGUGUACAAAUGGAAGUGAAAUCCAAGGCAGAAGACACGUGCACGUUGGGAAUGUACAUGUCUACAUUGGCCACCAGGUGUCGCUAAUUACAAUCCCCAUCAGAACACAGGCUACUGUUGCUGGGGAACACAUUUACUGUGACACACAGCAGCACCAGUCUCAUUCAUCAUGUUCCAUUGGAGUGGAAAGGUGAUAUAGGGGUGCUAUCAUGUCUGGAGGGCUCUAAUGGACUGUGAUCACGGUGGGGUCUGGAAAUGUGCAGCUGGAGGUCACGGCGGGCUGACCGUGUGACCCGGGACUGCCACAGCACGGGGGGAACUCGAGUUUACCGAUUCACGGGUACUUGAUGCCGACUCUCAUUAGAGAAAGGACUACCCACCUUUAGUCAAAAUGUAAUGACGUCAUAUAAAUGUAAUCGAUAAAAAUAUUAGCUGGAAACUGUCAAAAGGUGAUGAUGAUGUGUAUAUAUGGAAGGACCGUUUUGCUCAUAUACGGUGAUGUCAUU